AUGACUGUCUGCUACGAACACCCUUCGCGGGGUCUUACUCCUACCUCAAUGGCGACGCUCGCAGAUCGAUUCGAAUUGAUGAAGGAGGUUGGUGAUGGGAGCUUCGGUAGUGUUGCGGUAGCACGUGUACGAACGGCCGGUUCCAACGUCGCUCGAAGGGGAACACUGGUUGCCAUCAAAACAAUGAAGAAAACCUUCGACUCAUUGGCUCCGUGCUUGGAAUUGCGGGAAGUUAUCUUCCUACGAACUCUCCCCCCUCACCCUCACCUUGUCCCCGCCCUUGACAUCUUCCUCGACCCGCUCUCCCGCAAGCUGCACAUCGCCAUGGAGUAUAUGGACGGCAAUCUCUACCAACUGAUAAAGGCGCGGGACGACAAAUUCCUGGACGGAAAGCAUGUCAAGAGUAUCCUCUACCAGAUCCUGUGCGGUCUCGACCACAUCCACGCCCAUCACUUCUUCCACCGCGACAUCAAGCCAGAAAACAUUCUGGUUUCCACAUCAGCUCCCAACGACUCUACUUUCAGCCGAUACUCCAACCUCGUCACCCCUCCUUCGACUCCUCCAACUUAUACGGUCAAGAUCGCCGACUUUGGUCUGGCCCGUGAGACACAUUCCAAGCUACCCUACACAACAUACGUUUCAACAAGAUGGUACCGCGCCCCCGAGGUUCUCCUGCGUGCAGGUGAAUACUCCGCACCCGUGGAUAUGUGGGCUGUUGGUGCCAUGGCAGUGGAGAUUGCGACUCUCAAGCCCCUUUUCCCUGGCGGCAACGAAGUUGACCAAGUCUGGCGCGUCUGCGAGAUUAUAGGCAGCCCAGGAAACUGGUACAGCAAGUCGGGCGCUAAGCUCGGCGGUGGUGAAUGGAAGGACGGCUCUCGCCUCGCACAAAAGCUGGGGUUUACGUUCCCCAAGAUGGCACCCCACUCCUUGGAAAGGGUAGUAAUGCAGCAUGCAAAGGGAAAGCCUGCACCACCGCACUGGCCCGCGGCUCUCAGUGAUUUUGUGACCUGGUGUCUGAUGUGGGAUCCCAACAAUCGCCCUACCUCUUCUCAAGCCAUGCACCACGAGUACUUUGUUGAUGCAGUGGACCCUUUGAGCCUGAGACCGAGGUCCUCCACUGCCCGACUACUCGGUCGCAAGCAGUCGGAAAAGAGCGUCAAAUCCCCUACUAAGGAAACAUACGAUUCUCCGACUCUUUCAUCAAAGUCGUCAUGGUUCAGAAGGUCCUUGAUCGGGAGGUCAGAAAGCCCUGCUCUUGUUGAUCCCGAACAGCACUCGAAGCCAACACUUGCUGCACAUGACUCGAGUAUGGAAUCGCAAUCUCUGAAGCCAAAACACUCGACAAGCAAGCGUGCUACUUGGGCUCAUGGAGCUCCGAUGCCUAUUCUCCCUUCGAUCCGUCCUGUCUCUCCUCUUUCUAACGCUGUUACGGCCCAAGCCAACCCCCCAGCUCAGGACCUGAAUAGCAACGCCGCCAAGGCAAACAAGAAGAUUGGUCGCCAACUCUCAGUCAACUCUCACGGCAAUCAUUAUGGCGAUGUUCACCGACAGGAAGCGGAGCGAGCAUUGAACGGCCUCGGAAACAACAGCUCCAGCACUAUCAGCCAGAAGGAGAGCUUCUUCUCUCACCUUCGAAAACGUGCCCGCCGGCUGUCCGGGCGAAACCAGAACGUGAUGAACGAUGAUGUCGAGGCCAAUGCUGGCUGCAUGCCGUGGUCAAACCGUUCGUCGCUGGCCCUGGACUCCGUCAACGUUAGUGAUGUGAAGCAGAACUCGGAUCUGUCAGAGCUGGACAAAGCUCUUCAAAACGUGAAGUACUCCAUGGAUGCGGCGGCCUUGGGAAACGUUCCGGUUAGCAUCACCUCUCCUGUUGAGUCUACAAAACGCCAAUCAAUGCCCCAAGGGUCUAUUCGAUCAAUGGGAGAUAGUCCGGCCUCAACGAGUGGUAACGGUGGGCCAGUAUCGAGCCGAACCCGACGUGCGAUGCAGAUGACCAGCCACCCUGUUCACCGUUAUGAGACUCCUGAAGAAGAGGAUGAGCUCUUGGAUGAAGUUCUACACUCCGCGAGCAGCGCUGCUUUGCGUCUUGCACAAGCUCAGAUGUCGGACACAUCGUCAAAUUACAGCCAUCCUAUGGCUAACGAGCGCUCCCAGGCGUUGCCUAGUCCUUAUCCCACGCCUUCACCAUCAGCCAAGUGCGACGGUGUGUCUUUCGGCAAUAAUACGGACGCUACGCCGAACCGACGCCUGGACGAAAAAUCCGCUACUACCAGCGUGACCCGCCAGUGGCCUACACCGCCAUACGACGAUGGAGACUGGAUGAACCCAGCCUCGACAAAAUUCUUGACAGGCUCCACCUAUAGAUAG